AUGCGGUUAUUUGCUACCGGCCGAGCCCUGCGAGCUAGCAGCGGUCGAUGGUCAAAUGUCGCAAAUCGGCCCAGAAUCCCAAUCCCUCGUAUAUACCCGCAUUUUGAGUCCUCUCCGGCCGUCUCUCGAAACUGGAGCUCAACAACAGCUCGCUGGUCAGCCAACCAAAACUCAAGUGCCGGGCAAGCCAAACGGCCCUCCGACCUCAAGAUCGAGGGCGACUCCUAUUCCACCGACAAUUGGACAAAUACCACCGAUCAAAUCCUGUCGCAUGUCGGACGACGACUCUACCUUGACGAGAACCAUCCUUUGGCCAUCACCCGCAAGCUCAUUGAGAGCCAAUUCCCUUUCCCAGUCUUCGGGAACUACUCCGAGAAGAACCCCGUCGUUACGACCGCGCAAAACUUCGACGUCCUCGGCUUCCCAGCUGACCAUCCGGGUCGCAGUCGUACCGAUACCUACUAUGUCAACGACAAAACCGUGCUACGAACCCAUACAAGUGCGCAUCAGCAAGCAUACUUCCAGCAGAUCAACCGGAAUGAACAGAGUCGCCCAGAAGAGGUUGGAUAUACCGUGAUUGCCGAUGUCUAUCGUCGGGAUGCCAUUGACCGCAGUCAUUACCCGGUCUUUCACCAGAUGGAAGGUGCCAUGCUGUGGAAGAGGCCUGUAAAUGAUCCUCUUGAAUCCUCGGCAGAGACCGCCGCGAAUGUCAAAGCGGACUUGGCAAAGAUCCCAAGCCAUAAUGUGCCCGUCGAGGAUCCCAACCCGACCAUUCACCCCCAGCGAAAUCCGCUGCAGGCGGAGCAUCACAGCGAGGAGGAGGUUGAAGCCAUCGCGGCGCAUCUUAAGCGUUCGCUUGAGCGCAUGGUGAUCAAGAUUUUCACAGAAGCCAGCAAGGCCGCCGCCGCUAGUUCCGGAGGUGAUCUUGAGCCCGAGCCUUUGAAGGUCCGCUGGGUCGAGGCGUAUUUCCCCUUUACUAGCCCCUCCUGGGAACUGGAGGUCUUCUGGCAGGGUGAUUGGCUAGAAAUUCUGGGUUGCGGUGUCAUCAAGCAAGACCUGCUCAUCAACUCCGACGUCCCUCACCGCAUUGGCUGGGCCUUCGGUUUGGGCAUUGAGCGGAUUGCAAUGCUCCUGUUCAACAUUCCUGACAUUCGUCUUUUCUGGUCUCGUGACGAGCGUUUCCUGUCUCAAUUCCGAGCUGGCGAGAUCACCCGUUUCGAGCCUUUCUCCAAGCAUCCUGCUUGCUACAAGGACGUUGCCUUCUGGCUUCCACCUUCCGCUGUCACGGGUGGUAGCAGUGCCGCAGGCGGCGGUGUGCCCUUCCAUGAGAACGAUGUGAUGGAAAUCGUUCGUGGGAUUGGUGGUGAUCUUGUCGAAGACGUUUCCUUGAUUGAUGAGUUCACUCACCCAAGGACUCAACGCAAGAGCAUGUGUUACCGCAUCAACUAUCGCAGCUUGGAGCGGACUUUGACGAACGAGGAAGCUAAUUAUAUGCACGACAAGGUUCGACAACAAUUGGUCGAUGACUUCGGUGUGGAACUGAGGUGA